AUGACUUAUUCGAGUGCUGUUUUUGAAAAUGAGAAUGAAACUUUGGAAGACGCUCAAUAUCAUAAGUUAAGAAUGAUAAUUAAGAAGGCAAAGAUUUGCAAAGAUGAUCAUUUGCUGGAAAUUGGAAGUGGAUGGGGUUCUCUGGCCAUUGAAGCCGUAAAAUUAACUGGCUGUCGAGUAACAACUCUCACUCUUUCAAUUGAGCAAAAAAACUUGGCUGAAAAACGCAUUGCAGAAGCUGGCUUAUCUUCGAGCAUUGAUGUACUACUUUGUGAUUAUCGUAAUUUGCCAGCAUCACAUCAAUAUGAUAAAAUUAUAAGUAUAGAGAUGAUUGAAGCUGUUGGGCCUGAGUAUUUAACAACAUAUUUUGAGUGUUGUGAUAAAUUCUUAAAAGAGAAGGGCGGUAUUGGUGUAUUUCAAGUCAUUACAAUGCCAGAGACUAG